AUGUUAUUUAUUCCUUUAAUAUUGAUGAUAUUUUCAUCAUCAUCAUUCGUUUUCUGUGGUGAUGAAUUUGAAGAUUAUCGUUGUAAAUGUGUUUGUCCAUCAUUCAGUGUUUUACAAGAUCCAUCUGUUAAUGAAACAAAUCGUCGUGUUUAUGUUGAUGUUGUUCCACCAGAUAAAUGUUCAUGUCAACGAGUUGUCUUUCGUAGUAUACAAGCAUCACCCGAUUUUCAAGAAAAAUUUUGUCCAAGAUGCGUUUGUAAUUAUGAAGUACGAAAUACAACAACAAUGAAAGUUGUUGUUAUUAUUAUAAUGGUUGCUAUAUCAUUAUUAUUUAUAUAUAUGUCCUUUUUACUCUGUCUUGAUCCCAUUAUGAAUCAAAAUACGAAAUCGACAACAACAGCAUCAGCAACGACAACAAAUGUGAAUCGACAAGCAAGACAUUAUGAAAGACAAAUCAAUGAAGAAGUUAAUGUAGAUAAUCCAACACAAGAAUGUGUAUUUAGUGAACCAGUUGCUAGUGGUUUACAAAAUAAUCGACAACGUUCAUCAACUGUACUAAAUUUAGUUACACAAGAACAAUCGAAAUGGAGAAAAAAUGUUCAACAACAAAGACAAUCAGUCUAUAAUAAACAUGAAUUACUUAAUUAA